GCUGCCUCUUUUUGGUACAAGCUUCCUGACUGCUUCAAAGUGACUCUCCGACCUGCUGUGAUGACCCGAAGGAAGUGAGAGGGAGCCCUUGCCAUUGAGGAGCGGACUGUCUAGGGAGGACGGUGAUCCGUGGAUGUCCAGGGGAUAUUUCCAUUUUGCACUUCUAAGAAUGGGGAAGAGCUGGAAGAAGGUUACUCUGAGACAUGCUGGAGGAAGCAUCUAUUCUAACAAGUGUCAUUGAGACGGUUAAGUCUAGACAACAUGGUAGGAGAGGUCCUCUCAAGAUAAUUCUGGCUCUUUUCCUUCCCCUCGCUUCUCCACCUGGAGCCUGCCGGAGAUAUUUCCUGUGAUUCACAAUGACAAACAGCAGCACGUCCCUGAGCACCCAGGAUGCGAUAUACAUUGCGGUGGAGUCCAUCAUUGCAGUGUCUGCGACUGUAGGCAACGCCCUGGUCAUCGGGGUAGUGAAGCUCAACCCGUCUUUCCAGAACACCACCUUCUACUUCAUCAUCUCCUUGGCACUCGCCGACAUAGCCGUGGGGCUUCUGGUCAUGCCGCUGGCCAUCGUGGUGAGCCAGGGACUCGUCAUACCCUUCUAUGCCUGCCUGUUCGUGUGCUGCCUGCUCAUUUUCUUUACAAAUGCCUCCAUCCUGUCUCUCCUGGCCAUUGCCAUUGACCGGUACCUGCGGGUAAAGCUGCACACCAGGUAUAAGAUCAUCACCACACAGAGGAGAAUUUGGGUUGCUCUGGGAUUGUGCUGGCUGGUGUCUCUGCUAGCAGCAUUUGUCCCCAUGUUUGGAUGGAAUAAGAAGGAGACAGUGAUAGGAACAGGCAACUCCAGCUGCCUCCAGUGUAAAUUCACCACUGUGAUGAGGAUGGACUACAUGGUGUAUUUUGGCUUCUUCAUCUGUAUCCUCAUCCCUCUGAUCAUCAUGUGUGUCUUGUAUGUUGAAGUCUUCUACAUCAUCUACAUGAAGUUAAGCCAAAGUACGGCCAGCAUAAAAAUGGCAGGUGGGUUUUAUGGGAAGGAGUUCAAGACAGCUAAAUCUCUGGCCCUCGUCCUCUUCCUUUUUGCAGUGUCCUGGCUUCCUCUGUGCAUCUUCAACUGCAUUUCCUAUUUCUGUCAUGACUGUGACAUCCCAAAGCCUCUGCUGUACCUGGGCAUCCUGCUGUCUCACGCCAACUCAGCCAUGAACCCCAUCGUGUAUGCUUGCAGGAUAAAGAAGUUCAAAGAAACUUAUAUUCUUAUUUUUAAAACCUACGUCCUGUGCACAGAUUCAGAACAAGUUAUUUCAAGCAUCGAGACUCCGUCAGAUCGGGUGUCAUAAAGUAAGGAAGUAUACUGCACUGUCAGCGUAUGUUCAA